UUGAAGGCAGGUCAUCCGAUGCCGAGUCCGUCCGAGCUGAUGGGUAAAAUACUGAUCAAGAACAAGAAAAGCAGCGCUCCUGCCAGCAAACCAGAGCCGGCCAAGAAAGCGCCGGGCCCCGAGCAGACUAACGGCGCCGUGGAUGACCCCGAGCCUAACCAACCCGCCGAUCCCAACCAACCCGCUCCGGCUAACCCGGAGGCCGGCGACGCGCCGCACACAACCGACGAGCGGGAAGAGCACGAUGACCACGACGAGCAGGACGAAGAGAAGAUGAAGAACUCCGACGAGGGAACCGCUGGACAGGAAGUGACGGCGUACGAGGAGAUGUCCGCUCUGGUCAACUACGUGCAACCCAACAAAUUCAUCUCUUUUGAGAACGCUGCCA